AAUGUCCAUGAAGUGGAUCUCAACUCUGUUACUGCUACAAUUUUGCAGUUAUUUCCACUCUGGUAGCUGUGGAAAGGUUCUGGUAUGGCCCAUGGAAUACAGCCCUUGGUUGGUUAUGAAGAACAUAUUAGAAGAACUCAUCCAGAGAGGACAUGAGGUGACAGUUCUGAUACCUUCAAGUUUCAUUUUUGUUGAUGGUAGUGCACCAUCUGGUAUUAAAUUUGAAACAUUUGCUACAUCUACCAGUGAAGAACAAAUGAAAAACUUAUACAAUGAAAUGAUCACUAUGUGGAUGGAUAUUCUACCAAUAAACACAUGCUUGGAAUACUUUCCAGUGGCUGAAAACAUUUUAAUGAAAUAUUCAAGUGUUUGGGAGAAUGUUUGUAAAGAUGUAGUUUCAAAUAAGAAGCUUAUGUCAAAACUACAAGAAUCAAAAUUUGAUGUUCUUCUCGCAGAUCCCAUUGCUCCCUGUGGUGAGCUGGUGGCUGAGCUUUUGAAACUACCCUUCGUGUACAGUCUUCGCUUCUCCCCUGGAUUCCAAGUAGAAAAAGUAGCAGGAGGGCUUCCACUUCCUCCUUCUUAUGUACCUGUUAUGUUGUCAGGCUUAAGUGGUCAAAUGACUUUCAUAGAAAGAGUGAAAAACAUGAUCUGCAUGCUUUACUUUGACUUUUGGUUUGAAACAUUUAAUGAGAAAAAUUGGAAUAAAAUGUACAGUGAAAUUUUAGGAAAACCCACUACAUUAUAUGAGACAAUGCGAAAGGCAGAUAUGUGGCUUAUUCGGAGCUACUGGGAUAUGGAAUUUCCUCGUCCAACCUUACCAAAUGUUGAGUUUGUUGGGGGACUCCAAUGCAAACCUCCCAAACCACUGCCUAAGGAAAUGGAAAAUUUUGUGCAAAGCUCUGGGGAACACGGAAUUGUGUUGUUUUCUCUGGGGUCAAUGAUCAGUACCAUGACAGAAGCCAUGGCAAAUGCGAUUGCUUCAGACCUGGCACAGAUUCCACAGAAGGUUGGCAAAGUACUUAAUGGCAAAGGUCAUCCAAAAACCAGAGCUUUUAUAACUCAUGGUGGAGCCAGUGGUGUUUAUGAGGCAAUCUGCCAGGGAAUCCCUAUGGUGGGCAUUCCUUUGUUUGCAGAGCAGCAUGAUAACAUUGCUCAAAUGGAAGCUAAAGGAGUAGCUGUUAAACUGGAAUUCAAAUCAAUAACAAAUAAAGUUGUGCUCAAUGCACUGAAGACAGUCAUUCAGAAUGCUACGUGA